AGAAGGUGCAUAUGUCAAAGUUUAAGGUUAUUUACAUUUAAUUUGUGUUUGUAUUAAUUUUUAUUGACGUACAGAUCAUUUAAAAGUAGUUAUGUGGAUUACUCUGAGUGGUGUAAAAUAUUUGAUGAGCUUCUUGAAUGCAAAAAUUUUAAUUUUUUCAGUAUGCGAGUAAUUAUUACAAUCUCUUUUAUUGAUGUAAUAUCUAUUAUUGUGCUGGUGGGUUUUUGGUAUCUCAGAUAGCACGCCACAGAUAGCUGUUGUUCUCAGUACCUUUCAAGGACAUUUAAAAGGAAAUUAUAUUUUAAGACAUGAUGCAGCAAGUAUAUAAAACACUUCCAGAUGACCGACCUAUCACAGGAAUUCAAGUUGUUGAAGACUCUGAUAAGUGCCCAGCUGGUUUUGUAGUUGUCGGUCGCACCCACGAUCAAGACUCUGAUGCUGACCUGUGGAGGGAGAUAAGCUUUUUUAUCCGUCGCACUCGCUAUCUGUGCCUAUCCAAGACUGAGGGACUGCCAAAUUACAUAGUGGAGUCUGUCGCUGUGCUCAACGAGAAGGAGUUGCCUCCAGAUGGCUUUUGCGUCAUCUCUCGCACAAUAGAUUCAGACCAGAAAGCAUGGCGCAAGAAACAACUUUGCUACCGGUUGUCCCGCCGGGACCUAGUUCAGAACUGUGUCACUGAUAUCAUUAUCCUGAGCCGAGCCAAGAAAGCACCAAGUGGAUUUUCCUUAGCUGGGGAAAUAAAUGGACUGACAGUGUGUUUCAAGACUGCUGCUAUCAGCACCACCAGCAAACCAGUGCCUCCAUCUCCUUCUGACUUGUCGUACAGCAUAAGCCCGGCGCCGCCAGAACGCGCGCCAAAAGCCUCGUGGAACUCUGGCAAGCCCACGCGGCCCCCGCCACCUGUCCCAGCCACCAAUGGGGUCCACCCUGAGGGCUCUUCACCUCACGAGUACGAGAGACUGAUGAACCUGACGCCCUCCAGACCCGCGCCGAGUAGACCUCACCAGACUGCUGCAUCAUCUUUCUUCGCCACGUUGGCUGCAUACAAUGCUUUGGAAGGAGUUCCGUUUGUCCUGAAUACUGCUCUUCAAAGCAGUAGUUCGUUCCAGUAUCCUGUUAUUAAGGCCAAAACAAGAUAUGAUUUGGAUAAAGAGUAUGACUACAGCUUCAGCGUAGAGAGACAGACAUAGUGGUGACAAGCCUUAGCUGCAAGCAGUGCUGACCAUCAUCUGAAUUGAAUUACUUCACGAGGUGCAGCGCAAGAUUAGAGCUUUCUUCUCGGUUGGACGUCUGCAGUGGUGACCCAGGUGUGGAAGAUGCAUGCAUCUGUAUGUUGCGUAGAUAUGUAAAGGGCCAUCACCACGGUGAUGUAAAUCAUGUGAGUAAUGUAAUUGCUCGUUUAAAAUGUUAAGGAUUAUAUCAAUAUUAUUUUUAAAUUUUUUUUCCCGAUCUUAGUUUCAUAUCAAUUAGUAGAUUAUAUAUGUUAAGUUUACCUUCAAAUUACAUGUAUAUUAAAAUAAAUAUUUUAUUUGAAAAUGCUGCAUGUAUCUCAUAUUAGGUGGUUGAAUAUACAUGCAGUAUUUCCCGUGUAAUUACUGUAUUCUUUGAAAAUAUUGAGCUGUAAUGGUUUAUUUUCUUACUAUCCACAUUUGAGAUACCACCCCACUGUUACUGCACACACUGUGUUCCAGAUCGCUUUUAACAGUAAGUGUGAUUCAAUAGCUUGUAUCUAAGUUUAAGAAAAACAAACUGCAUGUUUUUCCAUAAAAAUGAUGUUUUGUAAAUAUAGGUAAUCUUCACCAUAGGUAACCAUCAGUUGGAUUUCUUUCCUAGUGUGGUUGGUUCAGAUGCGUCUGAUGUUUUGGUUUAGCAGUGGGAAAGCGUGUAAUUUAUAGUUGACCUUGUAACCUGCAAGUUUUUUUUUUGGGGAAAGCUGCAAUUCCAUUUCACUGUGGUGGUCGCUGCGGAAAGCAGUGUUUGUAGGAAAGGUCGCUUUCGAGGGGGUGAUGGGAAGAAAGAUACAGAGUACACAAGAUUUGCUACUGAUGGGCAGCAAAGGAAACAAACAACUUUUUUUUGUUUGUUUGUUUGUUUGUUUGUUUGUUUGCUCGGUGGAGUGUUGUGAACAAUUCUGUGGGCUUGACUCGGUGCAGUGGAAUAAAAUUACAACACUGUUCAUCUUCCUUUCUUAUUCCUCUCAAUCUCCUCUGCUAAUGUGUAGUUCGAUGACGUCUUCCUAUUUUCACCUACCAACCCGACUCAUGUAUAACUCAGCGGAAAGAUGUUCUGAAAGGUGUUUGGUUUCCAAUAAGUAUUAAAGCAAGGUGUUAUGUUGCUAAUGUAUUAAGUGGUGCGCAGUAAUCAUUAUGAAUUAUGAUCAGGAUGAGCUACAAUGAGCUACGCUUAGAAAAAAUUAUUUGUAUGGUUCAAAUAAUGAAUUAGUGCUUUCCAGGUAGUCUAAACAGUUUUCUGUUGUAUGCUUCCAUUCAAGUAGUGGUUUAAAUGUUAAACUACUUGUCGUAAGGUGGUCAGUUGAGCCAAGAGUAAGGCAGAUCAUGUUAAGUUCUAAUUUUUGCAGUUGUCAACCAGAUUUUCAGAAGCCAUUCCAAAACGGUCAGCUUAAUUGAAAUUAUUAGGACUGAUAUAUCUUUUGUUUUCUAUUAAAUUAUACUUAAGUUCUGGCCCUUUUCUUUUCAAGCAAGCAUGUACCUAUUGUCUUAAUUCACAAGCUUAGUGUUACUUCUGUAUAAUAAUGAAUAUUAGCAUUGAAUAGAAAUUUAAGGAUGAUUACGAUUAGAUUGAGUUAAGCAAUAAAUGUGUUGCUUACAUAAGUCUACAUGCUUCGUAAUAAUUUUUGUUUAAUUAUUAACCUAUCAGUACAUAAUUCAAUAAAAACAUAACUGCUAUGAGUAUAAAUUAGACUUGGUAAAUGUCAUGGCUUAAAAUUGCCAUUGGUACAACUAUUAUGGAAUGUUUUUUUGUAUUAGUAUUCAAGUGAAUGAACAAAUAAUUUUUUGUUUGGAAUCUUACCAUGGAUAAGUAACAGAAUGUAAUUUUGUUUGAUCUUCCCUUACCACUUCCCAAUGAUGUAUUUUCUGUUGGUCUUUUAAGUUAGUGGUCAGAGUGAACUAACAUGUAGUUCAUUUUGUUGUUUCUGUUUGUAAUAAUAUAAAUUGUUUAUAUAUUUAUAUAUUAUUGUAAUAGUAUUGUACACCAGUUUGGCAUGAUUAAUUUUAAAAAUAUAUAUAUUGAGAAGUGGAAGUUUAAUCCAUUUUUCUGAUACAUUUUUAAAGUACUGUAUAAAAAUACAGUAAGUAAUGUACGUAGUGAUAUUAUUGCAAGUUUUUUCUUGUUUUAUGCCAUAUGAUUUUGAGCUGUGUAUGUGUUUCUUUGUAUUUAAGUAACUCUUCCUGAGGUGCAUAAUGCUAUUUAUGGGUUUUAUUGGUGCCAAAUAAUUUUUUAUUAAUUUAAGAUUUGAAUGUGUGUAUUACAAACAAGGCACAGUUUUUUUAAUGGUUGUGCAAAUUUUGAUGCUAAUGUAAUGGAAAAACUAAGUCAAAUGUUUCAGAAGAUAUUUUGUAUAAGAUUUUAAGACAGGAAGUACAUAUUUAUCUAUUUAAAAUGUAUUUUGUUAUUUUAUGGAAUUAAAUCAUUUGAAUUUCAUUGGGAUUUAAGGUGGAACUUAUCUCUCUCUCUCUCUCUUUUUUUUUUUUUAAUGUAGGAGUAUUACAUUCAUUUAUUUAUAUAUAAUUUAUUUCAAUUUUGUUAUUUAUUGAAUGUGGUAAUAGAUAAUUACUCGUACACAUAAUCUUUUGUAUGCUUCAUUGUGUAAGACUUAUGCUCAGAUGUUACUGAUGAAAUUGGUUGUAAAGAACUGAAAUGGUCAUAAGGGAUAGUAACCACGGGGAGAUAUAUCUGCAGGCAGUGAUGGCUUUAGACUUAAAGUACACACUAAUAACAAAUUUAAUUCUUCCUUUUUCCUUUAACAUCCUAAUUGUUCACAAAAACUGCACGAACGAUGAAAGUAAAAAAAGGAAAAGGGCAGGCGCGUGGCCCGGCUUGCCCAGCCCUGGAGAUGGCCCUGUCUGUAGGUGUGGGUCUGAGGAUGUUGAUGCAGCUUGCAAGUCAGGCUGGCAGGCGGGCUGCGAGCAAGUAAAGUCCCCACGAGCACUCUGCUGAGCAGCCUCGUGUUCUAAAUACAGAGUUUGUUUGUGUGGUGCAGCGCCCGGGUUUAAAACUACAAUAUUAACAUGUGGAAUGUGAAGAAGUAAACAAAUUUAUUUAUUUGUUUUAUAGCAGUGAAAUCAAAAUACAAAAUAAUUUUGCUGUAUGUAAACAUUUUGUACAUGUUGCGUGCAGGGCAGACCCACGAGAUGCAGUUGGCGUGUCUGCUUACAUGUCUCAAAUAAAUGUUUCCUUAUAAAUGACACUCACUUCGCCUUGUUACGUUGAAUCACUAUAGCUAGAGACAAGAUUUUAUGGUUUUAUUCAUCAGUAUAUUUGGUUUUUAAAAUAGAUUUUUGUGUUAUUGAUUUUAUUUUGAAAUAUUUCUGUAUAGCACUAAUGGUGUUCUAUUCAUAUGGAACAAAUAUUACACAGAAAUGUUCCUUAAUUUGUACAUAUUUCACAAAAAUUGUGUAAUUUUUAUUGUGACACUAGCUACAUUUUUAUAACGAAAGCAUUUGCAAUAAGCAAGUAUAGGGAAAAUGUAUUUGAUACAACAAAAAUUAAUCAGCAACCAUUUGUGUCUUAUAAAAAUAUAAAAAUGAGAAAAUAUGAAAUGUGUAAUCAAAAUAAAUAGUUAAUUUGUAUUUUUUUUAUCCAUGUAUUUUAUUUCUUAUGAAUUCAAUUAAGUUUUGUUUUAUUGCUGCUGAAGUUCACAAUUUGAUCUGGAGUUUGGUACUAGCUGAUUGGCAUAUUAACUUGCAUUGUGUAUUGGCAUGCUUUUCGGUAUUAUUUCUGUUUAUCUUGAUUCAGCAUAAAAUCUUGUCCCAAAAAGUGGUGUGAGUAGUCAAUACCAAAACAAUAUGCAUCUGCACUUCACGAAUCCUACCAUUGGAGUGAAAAGUAUGGUGGGAAGCAUGACUCCAACACCAUACCUGGACAUCUUCAGCUAAGAAAAACAUUUAACUUUCAACUUGUCACAUCUCUGCCAAAACUCUUAAUUUUUUUUUAUAUUGAUUUUUGUACUUUUUAAAGAUAACACUAGCCUUUACACAAUUUAUAAUACAAACUUAAUAUGGAAACUAGGCGGUAUUGCAGUAUUAAACUUUAACAAGCUCAGGAUCAUUAUAUUUUACUGAACAAUUGCCAAAUUAGAUUAUAUAAACUAAAUGAGAUGUAAUUCUGCUGUGCUUUACCUGUGCUAAAUUAUCUGCCAAGCCCCUGGGGCUUGACACUUAAAAUAAAUUUUUUGUAAAGGCAAUCUAGACACUGCCCUAAAGUAAAAUACAUUUUAGUUGUACUGACUGGUGAAAAGAAAAGACAUUUUUGCAACAACUAAAAUAUAAGUGAAUGUGUUUAUUUGUAACUACAAAAACAUCUUAAUUCAAUAAAAUGUCAAACUAUUCACACUCAAUGUGUUUAUUAGUUUAUUACUAGCCAGGGGCACAAAUCUGUUGGUUUCUCGGGGGGGGGGGGGGGGGGGGGGGGGUUGUUUCUGAGAGUUUUGCACGUGGGAUUUAACUGACACAAGUUAUCACAGGAUAGGGUGCUCAUAUGUUGUACACUGCAUUAUUGAACAAUAUCUGAUGAAAAAAGUUAUCCAUUAAAAGGAACACAGAAGAGAGUUUCACUAGUGUUUCGCCUCUGCAUGCCUGCAUUGCUGUUAAUGCUGUUCUCUGAAUAUAGAAUAAGAAUGUGGAAGUUGAAAGAUUUUAUUUUUAAGUAUAUAUUUCUCUAACACCUUUAACCUACAAGUUUUAAAACAUUUCUGUAGAACAAAGUAUUGUGUUUCAUAUUUAUAAAUAACACUUAAGUUUUAGUUCCUAAAUCAAAGUAUGCAGUUCAUUUAUGAUUUUAUGAUUCAGUAAGGAAAUAUUUUAAAUAAUCAUAAUUACAUUGGGUUAUUUACUUAUUUCUUUUAUUUAUUUUCUGAAAGUUGUUAUAAAUUAUAUCUUUACAUUCACAUAGCUAGUCUUCCAUUGAUUAGAGCAGUGUUUUUCAAUCUGUGGGUCGCGACUCCGAGGGGGGUCGCGAAGCCUUACUCGGGGGGUCGCCGGCUGAAAGAAAAAGGAAACACUAUUUUAUUACCUGAAUCAUAGUAUUAUGCUGCUGACUAAGAGCUUUCAACUUUCGUUCAAAGAAAUCCAACUGCUUAUCAGCUUCUUUUUUAUGCUUGGUUGUGAGAUGCCGCAUAAGCUUUGACGGCGGCGGGUGGCGCACGCGGGUCGCUUCCUGUCGCCGCAACGACAAUGCGGCGUGGCAACGUGGCCGUCGCCGACGCAGUUUGGCCCGCGCGAGUUGGCGUCCAAGUUAAGUCGCACGUAGCCUUACCAACACCUCGUACUUACUUUCAAAACUCUCGCGGCUUCUUGCAGAGUGUAGAUCCGAAUAAUAGAUAAUUGUACCAAAAUAGAAAAUACCAUUAACGUAGUCUUUUAAUUAAAUAAUUUCUUUGUCUUUCUGUGACACAAGGGGGGUCACCGGAAUUUUUUAACUUGUAAAGGGGUCGCGAAAUCAAAAAGAUUGAAAAUCACUGGAUUAGAGUACUGUUGUGAUUUUUCUGCAUGUUUCUUAUAUGAUUGAAUAACAUGAAUAUAUGUAUAUUAGUCACAUAUUUAUGCAGUAUUUUGAUUAAUUAUAAUAUACCAUGUUUUAGUUUCUUGUUUUUUAAGAGUAUUUUGCUUUGUGAGGCCUCGUAAAAUUGAAGUGCAAGUAUUUAUGACAUUUUAAAAAUAAGUUUGCUUGGAAACUUAUGUAUUUUUAAUUUUUUUUCUUUAUUAAAUUUUUUUCCCAUAAAUCUUUGGACAUUGUUCUAGUGAUUAUAAAUGUGUUGGCACUGUGUGUUAGCAUUUUAAUGUAAUCAAAUUCUGUGUGCCAAAAUUCGAGUUCUAUUCCUGACUCUCCCGUUGUGUAUUACAACAUACAUGUUUGCAGUUUACAUAUAGUGGUGGAUACUGGGCAUUGAGAACUUUAAAUACAACUUUAUGUGCUCAAUUCAGGCAUUGAUGAAUAUUAAUAGGACUUAACCAGAAUAUAACAGCAUUAUUCAUGACUUUCUUAAACUUAUAUUUGGUACAUGAUUGAUAAGUACUGAAACAGUCAUGUAUGAAAUAAUGAAAUUUUACUUUAUACAAAAUAAAAUAAUCGUCUUGUAGGAUAUUAUGGCUUAACAUUUUCAAAAUUCUAAAGAGAUAAUACGUGGAGCUAAUCUCACUUUACAAUAAAUAAUUUUAGUUAGGACUGAAACUUUUCAGUUUUAUUUUCAACAUGCAAAAUAAAUUUUUCCAGUGUUUGUUGAAGUGUUUACGGAAAACUAGCUUUACAUGGGCAAUGUACACAAUUUUAAUACUGAAUUGCCUUCAUCCUAACAGGGUCUCAAAAAGUGUUUAGCAACUAUCACAUUAUUUUAAUAAGUUUAUGAUUUUAAAGUAAGAUUUUUUUUCUUUGUUAGCAUAUCAAAUCAAAUAUAUGCAUUUUUAAGGAAGCGACAGUAGUUUGAUUAGUUGUAUGAUCAGUUUGCUGAAAUGGGAUACACAGUACACAUAAAAUUUUAUGGAUACUGUACUGAAAUCAAUCUAGAUAUUGAAGGAGAAAAUCUUGAAACAUGCAAUCCCAAGCAAAAUUUAACACUAAACCUACUGGAUAUGUUAAUGAUAGCCUACAAGAAGAAAGUAGAGGUUGAGGAAGGUCUGUUAAUUAAAGCCAGCAAAAUAACUAAGUUAAUUUCAUUUGGAUGAUUCAGAUUCCAAACUAACACCAUCUGGAGGAUCCUGUGUGAAGAGAAAUUUUGUUGAGAUACCAAUGUGUAGAGAUGUUAGUUUUUUUAAAAAGUAUUUUUGAGUAAUUUUCUGAUAAUUUACCAAAACAUUUUCUGCAGUACCGAAAAAAAUUAUCACUGAGUUAUACUUUCACACAAAAACACAAUUAAAUUAUAUCACAUGUUUUAUACAAACUAAACCAAAUAAAAUAAAUAAUUUUCUGAGCAUGCAAAACAUUUUUGCAGUGUAUUGAUUUUUGAUUGGACUCAUUUUCUCAGCAAUUUACAUGUACAUCAGAUAGUGUUAGUUUAUCAGCUGUGUCACCCAAAGGAGGUUUAUUUUUAUAAGUUUUAAAAGAAAUACCUUAUCUAGUGCACCUAUCCACUCUAAAACAAAUGGCAGCACAAUUGGUGUUGGCUGUCAUUGGACUUGACAGACCACUGAAAUUUUGAGGAAAAAAGGGAGAUGUAAAGUUUUGUUGUUGUAUGUGAAAUUUUAAUACCAGUUCCCAACUUUCUAUUUGUUCUUUUUUCAUCCAUUUUCAACAACAGAGAUAAAUAACUAUGUCAUGUUUCAAAACAGUGCUGGUAACGAGCCAAGUAUAAAGAUCUUCAGAGGCCAUUGCCUUAAAAGUUAUCGUUGGUGGUGAUAUUUCGCCUUUUUUUAUGCUUGACAAACAAAAAAUUAACAUUAAAAUGAAACACACGGAAGGCAGCAUGAUAGUUGGUAACAAUUGACGUAUAAACUAGGUGUGUAUGUUUAAUUUUAUAUUUUUUUAUUUGUACUUUUUUGCAGGUAAAUGUGUCUGAAAUGUAAUAUGUUCUUAAAAGAAAAAAAAACUGUACCUUUUUAAUGUAUAAAUUUUUCUGAUUGUACAUAAAGAAUGGGGACUAAACUAAGGCUGUCAGUUGCUAAGUAUAGCAAUUUAAAGUCAUCAUUGGUCAUAAUUAAAAACAUUAUGAUUAAUGAGCAAUUAUUUCGUAGGACCACAAAUAUGUCCAAGCUAGUUAAUUGUUUUAAUUGUAAAUUGUUCAGUUCCAAAAAUUCAUAGCAAUAGCAUUUCCAAAUAGGCCUCACCCUUUUGGAAGUUGAUGUCCGGUGUAAUUGUUUUAGCGUUGUAUCUGAAACAUAUCGUAAUCACCUUUUGCUCGUUAACAGUGUCACAAAUAUUAAAAAAUGCUAUAUGCAUACAGGCUUAAAACAAAGAUAUGAGGCCUGGAAUGCAAUGCAUAAUAACGAGCUAUCAAGACUGUAAUUUUAAGAGACUUUAGUCUGUAAUUGUUCUUCCAGCCUUGUUCUUAGUGUUAAUUCAACUGUUUUGUUGUCUCGUAUAUGCUGAGUGAUGAUAAUAGUUAUUCUUGACAUGUUUUACAUUAGUAAAAGCCAGUGAUUGUAAUAAAUUAUGAUUGGUGUAUUUUAGUGUGAAUUUUUUUACCCUUAACUUGUUUCUAACCUGUAAAAAUACAUUUGGCAGUCUGAAGGGUAUAUCCAGUUUGAAACAAGGAGGGGAGGAAUUUUUCAGAAUUCCUCCUCUUUCAUGAGGGAGGAGGGUCGAAGGUGCCAUGAAAUAAUCAACAAUAACAAAGAAACAUAUUUAUUUUUAAAAAAAUCUGAACAAUAAUUUGUGAGGAUUAGUUACAAGUUGUUUACAGCACCUUGCACCUUGUUUGCGAAAAUCCAAUGACUGUGAAAGCAUGGUUAAAACUUUAACCUGUUUUCACCAUUCAUGCUUCUUAGGCCUAUUUUAAUAAGCAAUAACAAAAGGAAAAAUACAGUUUCUCCACUUCAGAAGGGGUGGUGGUGGGGGGCAACUGCCCCCCACCCUUAAGAAGUGGAGAAACUGUUUUCUGGAUAUGUCCUAGAACAGUCUUUACUCAAGUAUUUUCACUACAUGGCAUAAAAGUUGUCAAAGUUUAGAUGUACCUGUUUUGUUCAGUACAUUUUUGUUAUUUUUGUUGCAGACGAAUAUUUACGUAGAAAAUGGUGUGUCUUUUUAAGUGCAUUUGAAGUUUCUAAUUAAUAUUAAUUAUGAUGUGUUGCUUUUGAUGAAAAUAUGUUCUUUUAUCUGCUAAUGUAGUAUGAAUAUUCUUUCACCUUGGCAAAAUUCAUUUUAUAUUUUCAUUACUGUAAGAUUUUUUUAUUUACAUGGCCAUAGUCGGGAACACUAAAAGGUUAUUGUAGUUUUAGAAGCAACUGUUUGUUGUAAAUGUAAAUUUAACAUUUGGUGAAUGUCACUGAUGUGUUUCUGUGGCACUGUUUGGUUCAAACUGUAGAUAAACAGCAUAGUAUGAGAGUCUUGAUACUUCUGCAAACAUGUCUGGAUUUGUAAAUAUGUAAUAAUUUUUAUUCUAGUGACACAACUGGUAAAUUCUGUUUUUAGAAAUGUCUUACUUUGUAGGACUUGAGAUAGUUGUGAGUGGUAAUGUGCAUACUUUUUUUGUACAUAUUGUAUGUAAAGUUCGUACAUCUGUCAUUUUGUAACAAUACGUUUUAUGAAAUAAAUAUGAAAUGUUA